AAUAUUUUGAAUCCUUUUCAUUAUGGCUGUGGCAACGGGUAGAAAAACAUCUGCAAAACUGAUAUCAGUCAAUUCAAACGAAGGAUUAGUAAGCGAGAAGAGAACAACCAAAGAUGUUCAAAGAGCGGCAAUAAAUAAUGUGAACCAAACGUCCGAUUCCAAUAACAAACUUUUACCCUCUUCACCUACUGAAACAGUUGUCAUUCCAAUAGGUCCUGCAUCUGAUAAAAUUCGACCUUGCUCAGGAUCAUCCAUUUUGAAGCGCAAUGCUCGACCUUCAUCUGGACAUUCAGUAAAGUUUGUAGAAACAGAGACUAUUAUUGCAAUACAGAACGCUUCGACUAGUUUUCCAAUCAGUGAGAAUACUAGUUCAAAUUCAGAUUUCAAUACAUCACUGGGGACCAUUAAUCAACAAAAACUGCUAAAAGUACUUAGUAAUGCAUCAAACAAAUCUUGCCAUCAAACAGGUAUUCCACCUUUAAGCAAAAACUCUCGUACAAGUUCUAAAACACAAACCUCACAUGAAGGAAUAGAAAAUGAUAGUAUACCCACAAAAACUGAUAUGGCGAUGGAACAUGAACUUAACAAUGGUAUGUCUUCCCGAACACAGUAUAACGUAGAUGAAAAUAACUGUGAAGAAAAUUUCAAGAGCAGUACACAUAAUCAUGAAUCAUUGGGCGCAAGAAAACUUGGAUCCACUGGUGACAAAGCGGUGGUUAACACCGGAAAUGACAGUGCUAAUCAGCAGAGAGAACAAAAAGAAGACAAAAAGAUGGCAAUGAAUUCAAAACCAGAAUCCAACGACAUUUCUUUGAAUUCGUUAAAUGAAAAAGGAGAAUUAACGGGAGAAGAAAUACAGAUAGAUAAAGGAAAUGUAGAAGGUUCAGAAGAAUACAUUGAGGAUAUGCCAAACACAUCUAAUGAGAAUAUGCCAAAUAUAUCAUCACAUCAACCAUCAUUUGGAAGAACUGGAGAGAGAAAAACUCAUACUCAAAGACAAGUCUCAUUUCAUCGGAAGAAAGUUAUAUACAACACUGAUCUUUGCCCCACUGAUGGUGACAUGAUAAGGGAGGGCUACUAUCAAACUAAAGGAUGUGAAAUAGAGAGAAGACAUAUUCGACAUAGAGAUCUCAAAGAAAUAAUGGCAGAACAAACUGUGUCCGAGAAUGAGGAAGUUCAGUUUCAAGAUACCACAAAUCUGAAAGGAUAUGAAAAUAGAGACAUCGAAAACAGAAUACCUGAUAUAAGAACUGAUUCUAAUGAAAUACCUUCCCAAGCAAAGAAAAGACUGCACGAGUUGUAUAAAGAACUUAAAAGAGUUCGUGAAGAAAUUGCACUGAUGUAUUCUCUUGAGGAGGCAGACAAAGAAAGGAUGGAAUGUGAUAAAAAUAGUAAAAAUGAUGAUAAUGGACACGAGCAUAAGGGAAGCGGUGACAGCGAAGAGGAAAUGAAUGACUCAAAAAGUGUAGAAGUGGAGAGAGAAAAUCAAGUCGUAGAAAGAAUAUCAGAUAAAGACUCAGAAAAUACAGAAGUGGAAAAAGAAAAGGAAGUAAUUGAUAAGAUAUCAGUUAAAGGCACUGAAAAGACAGAAGUGAAAAAAGAAACGGAAAUCAAUAAUAGGAUAUCAAUUAAAGACCCAGAAAAGACAGAAGUGGAGAAACGAAAGGAAGGAACUGAGAAGAUAUCAGUUAAAGACACAGAAAAGACAGAAGUGGAGAAACGAAAGGAAGGAACUGAGAAGAUAUCAGUUAAAGACCCAGAAAAGACAGAAGUGGAGAAAGAAAAGAAAGUAACUGCGAAAAUAUCAGUUAAAGAUAAAAAAGAGACAGAAGUGGAGAAUGAAAAUGAAGUAAUUAAUAAGGUAUCAGUUAAAGACCCCAAAAAGACAAAAGUGGAGAAAGAAAAGGAAGUGAUUCUUAGGAUAUCAGUUGAUGACUCAGAAAAGAUUGAAGUGGAGGAAGAGAAGGGAGUCAUUGAAAAGAUAUCAGUUAAAGACUCAGAAAAGACAAAAGUGGAGACACAAACGGAAGAAGUUGAGAGGAUAUCAGUUAAUGAUUUAGAAAGGACAGAAAUGGAGAAAGAAAAGCCGAGUAAUGAGAUGAUGUCAGUUAAAGACUCAGACAAGACAGAAGUGAAUAAAGAAAAGGAAGUAGUUGGGAGGAUAUCAGUGACAGAAUCAGAAAAGAGAGAAGUGGAGGAAGAACCGGAAGUCGUUGAGGGGAUAUCAUUUAAAGAUUCAGAAAAGAAAGAAAUGAAAAAAGAAAAUAAAGUUGUUGAGAGGAUAUCAGUCAUUACUACUGCAACUCCAACUAUCCGUAAAGAGACAAACGACCUUAACAAUGCUGAUGAAACUGCAGACAAUCUAGAUAAGCAAAAUACUACAGAAAAACAGAAAGAGGACAGAACAUAUUUAAUUUCUAAAAUAUGUUCAGAAAGAAACAAGGAAUCAGAAGAUUUGGCAAUGACAACUGACAUACAUAUCAAAAAGGAAAUUAAAGAGAUUGAUAUACAAGAAAAUAUUGAGAUCUCGGAAAGAGCAGAUGAAAUGGAAAAAGUCAUUCAGAACAAGGAUAAUACUGAAAGUUCUGAAAAAUCAAAUGCCUCAGAUGAGGAAAAAGAAAAUGUUUUCAUUGAACGGGUUUCAAUCAGCAACAGUGAUUCAGUAAUAUCAAAGAAUGUCAAUGAUAAAAACGAUUGUAUUACCACAACUGAUACUGAGGGGUGUUCACAGAGCAACACCAACUCAUUAUCAUUUAUUGUUAAUGAUGCAAACAGCGAUCUAAGUAACAAAAAUGAAAAUUUGAAUGUAGAGAAAUUUGAACAGAGUGAACUCAACGAAGGAGCCGUUCAAAUAACAGGAGCUAGUGCAAGUUCGAAAGUACUAUAUCAAGACGAUUCUGUAAAAGAAUCAAAAGAACAAGACAUUCCAUUUGCUUUAGAGGAAGACCAAGACCUUGACUGCGAAAUUCCGCUGUGA